AAAAGCAUAAACAAAAUAGAUACAAUGGCCGCAACUACGGUUGUGGUACAGCUGCUGCCAGAUGAAAAUAAUUGUCAUGAACUGUGAACACCCUUUUAGCUUGUGAUCUUUUAUUUGUUAGUAAAGUUGAUUUCAAUAUCUCGAGAUGAUAUCGUCAAUAAUCUCCAGAUUAGUCAUAUUAUUAUUUGGCACUUUAUACCCUGCAUACGCUUCCUAUAAGGCUGUUAAAACGAAGAACGUAAAAGAAUAUGUGAAAUGGAUGAUGUAUUGGAUAGUGUUCGCACUAUUCACCAGCGCAGAAACUUUCACAGACGUCUUUCUCAGCUGGUUCCCUUUUUACUACGAGAUCAAAAUUGUUACUGUUAUAUGGCUUUUAUCGCCGGCCACCAAAGGAUCUAGUAUUUUGUAUAGGAAAUUCGUACAUCCGAUGCUCAGUAGCAGAGAACAGGAAAUUGACGAGUAUAUCUCGAAAGCCAAAGAACAAAGUUACAAGCAAGUUUUGGAUAUAGGUCAGAAGGGUGUUACAGUUCUGAUGCAAACAGCAAUCAAGAGUGGCGGAGGUCUGGUCAACCAGCUGCGCAAGAGUUACAGCCUCAGCGACUUGAACGACGAGACCGAUCACAGUCAGGAGGAGACCGACGUGGUCCCUGCCCGCCUGAUCAGAAGGAGGAGCCCCCAUAGGUCCUCGAUGUACUUCUCGGAGAUAGACGUGAGGUCUCAACAGGUGGCUCACGUACAAUCCAUCGACGAUCUCAGCUCCGGCUACUCGAGCGGCGAGGCCCUGAGCAUGGCUCAGUCCGUGAAGAUACAGGGUAGGCCAGGUAUAUCUUCUACGGGGGGCUCGUUGGCCAGGUCCAAGUCCAGCAGGGUCACUAGGUCGACCACGAUCUCCAAAAAGGCCUCUGACGGCGAAGUGAGUGACGAUGACAGCGAGGUCUACGACACAAAUGUCGUAUUCCCCAACGGCCAGAUAAAUAAAACGAAAAAGAUCCAAAACGAGUCAUCAAGUGAGAACGAGUUCUACGAAUCCUCGGAUAAGUUGCAUGACUUUCUUGAUGUAGACAUUCGAAAUAAUUCCUGUCCGGACGUUUUAACAGCAUGCGAGAAUGUCAAAGUUAACGAUUUGGGAAGAGACGUAGAAAUUUCUAAAAGCACCGACGAAAAGAAGGUGGACGUUGAAAAUUCGGAUAAAAUCGCGGGUAGAGGGGGGAAAUACAACAAAAAGGCUGCGCCUAAGCCGCCUUCACAAUGUAACUAUGCAGAUAAUUCCGAUGGUACUAUCAAAGGUACCCUGAUAUUAAAACCAGGAAUAAUCAGAGCUACCACUCCAGGCGUGGCCAAUACAUGUAAGGAAAUAUUUUUGCAAUCCCCCAAGUUUAGACGGAGGAACAAACAGUACUUCACCUCCCCUAAACUAGCUUUCGAUGCUUGUUCUAAGAUGAACGUAACGACAGAAACGCCUUUGAGAAACGCCGACAACAAGAUGAAACUGCUCUCCCCUUGCCCCACAUCUCCUGAUAGAAAACUGCCCCUAAAAUGUAGAAGUGAGAUUGAUUUGAAUAGUCCUAAUCUAAAAGCCAUUCCUCGUAAGGAUUCAAAGAUGGCAUCGACGAGAAGGUUGUGUGUGAAUCUUCUGAGAUCCAAAAGUUUCCACUUGGCCGGCGAUAAAUAGGCGAAGGCUUUUAGAUAGUUCGUAUUCGAAUAAAUAGGCAGAGAAUCCUCAAGAGGUUAUAAGUGCCACACUACCAAGGGUUAAGAAGACAACCAAGAAGAAAACUAUAUAAGAAUCAGAUGGAGUCUUUAGAAUAUAUUAUUUAUUAUUGCUUUCGUUAGUUAUUUAAAGUAAUUUGCAGCUCGUACAUAUCUUUUAGAGUUUCUACUAACUAUUGUGUAUUUAUAUAUUUUUUUCGCCAUUGAGUAUUAGAAAAAUUUGUUUUAAUACUCGAAGGCUUCAUUGUUUUAUCUUGUGGAAUUGAUGGAUCAACUGAUGAUAUCUUUUUUAUAUUUAUAUUAUUCGACUUUUUUUAUUGAAUAUAACGAAAGUCAUCAGUCCUAUGCAUGAUCUCUGAAGUGAACUAGUUGAGCGAAAAAAUUAACUUGAAUACUUACCUUUGUUGAGCUUCGUUGAUCUAUUAAUAAAACCAGAAAAGGGUGUGAAAAAGUUACCUUUUCAGAACUAACUGGAGCUUGAGCUUUCCUAUAGAGAAAACCUAUUCUAGGUAUGUGAUUAUGUGAAAUUUAUUAAACGUUUCAAGUGUAUAUUAUAAGUAUGUUACAAUAUGGAAUGUUUAUACAAUCGAGAAAUGCUUAUAAGUAUUUCGGUGUUUCUCUAGUCAGCACAGUAACUUAUUUCUCAGUUUUUUCCUUCUACAUGAAUAUUAUGUGGAAUACAUCACCAUUUGAAAUGAUUUUAAUCAUUCAAGACAUUGAAUUCUCACAGCUUUGAUUUUAUAUUAAUACUUACCCUUCAUUUAAUUCUUCAUUUCAACAAAUAUAAUUUUUUGGAUGCUUGACAAUUUAAAUAUACCUGGCUAUCACAAAAUUUCAUUCUAUAUCAAGUACUGUUUAAUGUUCGUACUCUACUGUUUUUUUUUUAUGACAAGUAUUCAGUGUUCUUGAUUGUGCUGUGGGAAAGUUGUUAUCAAUUUUCCUAUUCCCGUUAAUCAAACUUCCUUUCUUGAUAAUGAUAAUUUUCCUUGAGUCGUCCGAUUUCAAUGUUCACUAAAUUAUUAGCGAACUUUUGAGGGGAAUAGAAUUGAACAAUCGAUAAAAUUUUGUGUUUUGAAAUGUUUAUUAGAUUUUUUCUCAUUUUUUUAGAAUGGAUUGUUGGAUGAAGUUGUCAUCCUCGUUUUAAAUGGAAUUGAUGAAAAGUACUGAUUGUUUGAAUGUGACUGUAUUAGGUGUUGAAAAGCUCAAAUAUUAAGCCAAUCCGAGUAGAUUUUCUCGAGUCUGAUUUGAUUUGUAAUUUCAUUUGUAUCUCGAAAAAAAUUCAUUUGUGUUUGAAUUUUGAUCCUUGAUUAGUUACUCGAAUAUUUUGUAUUUUUUCUAGUCUUUUAGCUCUAAUUUGAUAUAAAAUAUAUCUUUUAUGAAA